AUGGGCCGCCUUCGAUCGGCGGCAGCUCCUCCGCCAAGCCGUGCGCCACUGUGCGGCUGGGCCGGGGGCAUCAGCCGAGCCCCUCCGCGGCUCCUCUUCUUCAUGGCCACACCCAGUGCUGGGGAGGAGGAGGCCCUGGCUUGGCGAGAAGAGGCGGAGUAUGGAGACCUUGUCGAGGUUGGGGGACCAGACUCCGAUCCGUCCGUUGCCAGAGAUGUGACCUACGUCCUGGACAGGCCGUGCGCGCGCACCUACCGGCUGCUCCACGGCAGCGCCUGGCUGGCAAAGAACAGGCCAGAUCAUGACUACGUCAUGUACCUCGAUGACGACAGCUUUCUGAACAUACCGCGGCUGGUGCAGCACCUGCAGCACCAGCAGAGCAGCUCCCUGGCAAUGGGCUACAUCAUGGAGACCAGCUUGGACUGGUCGCAGAUGCACGCGCCUCUUUUUGUGACUAUCUGA